AUGGCUGCAAUAUCAGAAGAAGAACUUUCUGAAGAAUUUGAUAUGUUUGGCAUCGAUUUGGGUGAAGAUGAGCUAGUUCUUAAAUUAAAGGAAUUGUGUGCAUUAUAUAGAUUGUCAGCAACUGAUAUUGCAAAUGAAUGGAUUGCUUUCUCCCAAACUAAGAAAGGAGUAGAAUUAAAUCAGGAGAGUUUGGACCAAUUUGAUAGAGAGAAACUGUCCAAAAAACAGAAUAAAACACCCAAAACACCAUUGACAAAGAAAUCUAAACCUGUUAUUUAUGAUAUUAAUACUAUUCAUAAAACGCUUGACAAUGUUAAUGAUGAAGAUGAAGCACAGAAGUUAUAUAAUUCUUAUGGUACACCAACAUCAAAGGGAUCAAUGUCAAAGAAAAGACAACAUACACCAGAUUCUGGUCCAGUCAAGAGAUUAACAGGAGUUGAUCGAGUUUCUUCAGUUCCAUUUUCACCUGCAAGUUUUUCUCCAGCCAGUGCAACACCAUCAAGAAAGUAUGCAUCAAGAACUAAUAGAGGAGAUGUAUUAAUGAGCUAUCCUAAUGAUAAUAUUAUAUGGAAACCACAUCAACAACAUUGUAAUAUUAGCUAUUAUGAUAAUACUACGACUCUAACCUCUCAGUUUAAAUAUAUGUUUCAAAAAUUAACAGAUAAAGCUCAUGUUUUAAAUGAUAUAAUAGAAGAUAUGGCAAGUCAGAUACAACAACAUAAUAAUAUAGAAGAACUAUCUCAUGUAGCUUUACCAACUCAGGAAGCAGUAACUAUUUGCGGAAGAGUAUGUUGUGAUAGUAUUGGUAAAUUAAAUAAGAAAUCAGUUGUAUUAGAAGGAUCAAGAGAUACGUCUGCUGGUAGAGUUAUUCCCCUUGAAUUAAAUUUUUUAUCAGAGUACUCAUUAUUUCCUGGACAGAUUGUAGCAGUUGAUGGUUUGAAUAGUUCAGGACAAAAGUUUAUCGCUCAAAAUCUACAUCAAAAUGUGUCAUUACCGUUUCCUGUUUCUAAAAUAGAAGGUGAUAUGAAUAUCAACAUAAUGCUGGCUGCUGGUCCCUUUACAACAUCAGAUACACUAACAUAUGAACCAUUAGCUGAUUUCUUACAGUUACUACAAAAAGAUAAACCUAAUGUAUUAGUCUUGAUGGGACCUUUGGUUGAUAGUAAAAAUACUGAAAUAGAGGUUAGAAAUACUGAUUUUUCAUUUAAAGAUAUAUUCAGGAAACAGAUGGAUGAUAUUGUUAAUGUAACAGAAAAGUUAAGCUGUGAAUUAAUUAUAUUACCAUCAUAUAGAGAUGUGCAUCAUGAUUAUGUUUAUCCUCAACCACCCUAUAUUUAUAACACAUCUAAAUCACAUGUCCAUCUAAUGAGUGAUCCAUGUACUAUUAAUAUUAAUAAUAUGAUAAUUGGUAUGACAUCAACAGAUAUAUUAUUUCAUCUUGGACAGGAAGAAAUUUCACAAAGUGUAGCUGGAUCUAAAGAUAGAUUAGGCAGAUUAGCUCAACACCUAUUAUUACAACAAAGUUAUUAUCCGUUAUAUCCACCUAAUGAAGAUAUUAAUAUAGAUUAUGAUCAUUAUGAAGAUUAUGGUAGAAUGCCUGUUACACCUCAUAUUUUAUUAUUACCCUCAGAUCUAAGAUAUUUUAUCAAGGAUAUCAAUGGAUGCUGUGUUGUAAACCCUGGUAGAUUGGCAAAAGGACAAGUUGGUGGAACGUUUAGUAAAUUGAUGGUAAAAACAACAGAAGUGCACACUAGUGGUUCCCUAUUACCAUCAAUAUCAGCUCAAAUACUUAAAAUAUAG